UAAAAUGACCACGAAUGAUAGUACUAUAGUGAGACAUAAAUCAUUAUUUCUACACCAACUAAAGAGAGUUCUACAUCACACAGAAAAUACAGAAAAAAUGACUGUAAAUGAGAUGAAGAAAAAAUCAGAACUAAUCUUCAUUCCUGCGCCAGGGAUUGGCCACUUAGUUUCUUCACUUGAGUUUGCAAAGCUCUUAAUCAAUACUCAUACCAAUCUUUCCAUCACAGUUCUAUGCAUCAAAUUCCCAGGCAUUCUCAUUUCAGAUUCAUACAUCAAAGCAGCUUUAGCCUCAGAGCCACAAAUCCAACUCAUUGAUCUUCCUGAAGUUCAACCGCCUCCAGAAGAACUACUCAAAUCCCCGGAGUUCUUCAUCUUGACUGUCAUGGAAAGUCUCAUACCUCAUGUCAAAGCUGUUAUACAGACCAUUUUAUCAGACAAAAUUGUUGGGUUAGUCCUAGAUUACUUCUGUGUUUCAAUGAUUGAUGUUGGAAAUGAACUUGGAAUACCUUCUUAUUUGUUUCUAACAUCAAGUGUUGGAUUUUUAACUCUCAUGCUUUCGCUUCAAAACCGCCGAAUCGAAGAUGUUUUCGAUGAUUCCGACCCGGAUCAUCAAUUCUUGAUUCAUGGUCUCUCAAUUCCAGUACCUUGUAAGGUCUUACCUGAAGCUUUUUUUAACAAACAUGGUGGAUAUGUUGCUUAUUAUACAUUUGCUGAGAGGAUUAGAGACACCAAAGGGAUUAUAGUUAAUACUUUUUCAGAAUUGGAACGAUAUUCCAUUGAUGCAUUAUCUAAUAAUGAAAAAACUCCUCCUAUUUAUGCUGUUGGUCCUUUGCUUGAUCUCAAAGGUAACCCUAACCCUAGUUUAGAUAAAGCUCAGCAUAAUAUGAUAUUGAAAUGGCUAGAUGAACAGCCAAAUAAAUCUGUUGUUUUUCUAUGUUUUGGAAGCUUGGGAGUUAGCUUUGUUCCAUCUCAAAUUAGAGAAAUAGCAUUAGGACUUAAGAAUAGUGGAGUUAGGUUUUUAUGGUCUGUCAAGUCUCCACCAGAAGGGUUUUUAGAAUGGAUGGAAUUGGAAGGUAAGGGAAUGACAUGUGAAUGGGCACCACAAGUUGAGAUAUUGGGACAUAAGGCUAUAGGUGGAUUUGUUUCACAUUGUGGAUGGAAUUCUAUUUUGGAAAGUUUGUGGUUUGGGGUUCCAAUAUUGACAUGGCCUAUUUAUGCAGAACAGCAGCUUAAUGCUUUUAGGAUGGUGAAAGAAUGGGGUGUAGCUGUGGAGUUAAGAGUGGAUUAUAGAAGGGGUAGGGAUAAUGUGGUGGCUGAAGAGAUUGAGAAAGGGUUGAAGAAUUUGAUGGAUAAAGAUAACAUUGUGCACAAGAAGGUUCAAGAGAUGAAAGAGAAGGCUAGGAAUGCUGUUGCAAGUGGUGGAUCUUCUUUCAUUUCUGUUGGAAAACUUAUUGAUAAUAUUAUAGGAAGUAAUUGAUAAACUUUUGUUUCAUUAUAGUUGGAAUUUUCUUUCUUGGAAUCAUAAGAAGGAAUACGUCAUUUUAUAUGUUAGUAUGCAUAUUCUACUUUUAAAAAUGUUGAAUGAAUGGACAUAAGUUGAAUGUGCAAAUAAUUGCUGUUUGUGUAUCACAAACAAUUGCUGUAUAUUGUAUCAUAACAUUGCAAUUGGUUAA